AUGCCGGAAGGGAUGCCUUGCCUGAUGGUCCGCCGCCGUCGGAACUGGACACCGGAAGAAGACAUGAUCUUGAAGAGGGAAGUCAGAAGAGCACAAGGAACGGUUGACAACAUUAGCUGGCAUGAGAUCGCCGCAUUCCUUCCGGGGAGAACGAACAAAGAUUGCCGCAAGCGUUGGUACGGCACGGCGGCAAAAGUGAAGAAAGGGGCCUGGACACAGGCUGAAGAUGAGCGACUACGUAGAGCUAUUGAGAAACAUGGUACAAAGUGGUCGGUAGUUGCAGCUAUGGUCGCUACGAGGCUGCCAGAUCAGUGCUCGAAACGCUGGAGUCAGUCUAUCAAUCCGGAUAUCGACCACAGUCCGUGGACGCAGCAAGAGGAUGACCGUUUACUUGAGCAAGUCAACAAGCAUGGCCACUACUGGCAGCAGAUUGUUUCCCUGUACUUUCCCGGAAGAACCAGUCUGGCUGCAAAAAACAGAUACCAUAUACUGCAACGACGACUGAAGAGCCACCAGACCGGGGUUACAAGAGUCCGUGGGUUGAGCAAUACCUCAUGGCAGGAGAUACUCUGGUCUCAUUCUCCUGAGUUUGAUAGCAAAGACCAGGACAUCUCUUCAUCAUCGGCCACUCCGCCAGACUUCAACACACUCCCAACUGGCCACGAUAGUUCCCCCUUCGUAUUCGAUGAAAGCUGCCCCAGCUGGCUGACAGCUACUUCUCAACCAGUGCCUUACCCUACACCUGGUGGGCUAGAGGUCGAUUCAACAGGCUUUCCUUUCAACUUAGUCGACCAGGCAGAAGGGUGUGCGUCUUUCGAAACUGACAUCCCUCCAACCAUGGGCAUCGACGAUUUCGUAUCUCAAGCCUUUUGCCCGGAAUCUUCACCCAGCCAUGCGCCAUCCUUUCCUUCCGUCCUGCUCCCCGAUACGAGCCCAGACGAAGCCAAGCCCGACGCCCAUCAUCGCCGAGUCUGCAUCCAAGUAGUCUGUUCAAGUGACAAGGUCGGGGCGAUAUUUGAGGCGGUGACGAAAUUCGCCAUAUCGGCUGCGAUUAAGACGGAUGAUUAG